GUCACUUUGACAACGAUUCUUGACCAAAGUUUUUCAAUUUGUUUACUUUUUAUAUUUACAAUAAAUACUGUGCACCUAUAACCGGCACUAAAUAAGUGGAAUUUAAACAAGAAAGAAACGAUGACUAUGAAAUAAGAUUGAACAGUGAAUGUUAAAUUUGUGUUCCUAAAAUGGAAUGUUACGUGGUUAUAUCCUUUAUUGGCGAAGGAUCCUUUGGUCGUGUGUUCAAAGCAAAACAUAAAGAAACUGACGCCGUUGUAGCUUUAAAAGUUAUAAGAAAGAAAGGCAGAUCAGUGAAAGAUUUGAAAAAUCUAAGACAAGAAUGUGACAUACAAAGGCAGCUGAAACACCCAAAUAUAAUUCGUAUGAUAGAUAGCUUUGACACUGAAUCAGAGCUGGUUGUAGUCACAGAGUAUGCAGAGAAGGAAUUACAUAGUAUACUCGCUAAAGAAGGCUGUUUAAAUGAGGAUCAAGUCAAGAAAAUCACUUGGGAUUUGGUAUCAGCUUUAUAUUAUCUGCAUUCUCACAGAGUAUUGCACAGGGAUUUAAAGCCACAGAAUGUAUUACUCGACAGUUCAGGAAGAGCAAAAUUAUGUGACUUUGGUCUAGCCAGGAUCAUGACAAAUGCUACACAUAUUCUGACCUCCAUCAAAGGUACUCCUUUGUAUAUGGCACCUGAAUUAAUUGAGGAGAAGCCUUAUGAUCAUCAGGCAGACUUAUGGUCCCUCGGAUGCAUAGUAUAUGAGUUGAUAGCAGGCCAACCUCCCUUCUGUACUAUGUCAAUAUGGCAGCUUGUACGGAUGAUCAGGCACAAGCCAGUGCAAUGGCCUAGUUUCAUCAGCUCUGAUGCUAGAUCAUUUUUACAGGGUUUAUUACAUAAAGAUCCAAUGAAAAGAAUGACUUGGCCGGAAAUUUUGGAGCAUCCAUUUGUAUUUGGGCAUAUCACCAUUCUUCCAGAAGAUGUGCAAAGUGAAUCUCCUUUUACAAAACCCUUAUCUUAUAGUCAGCAAGAAGCUAAACAACUACAAAGGGAAAAAGUUUGUAGUAAUACAAGAACGAUACCUGAACCAAAACCAACACCGAAAGAGCAUGAUUUACGUAAUGUACGAGUAAUGCAGGCAAUGGAAUGCGUCCCAAUGUCAGAUGAUGAUAGUGUCAGAGCGACCAGUGCAUUCAGUGUGCGAGAUAGUCUGAAGACUGAUGAUGAAGACCAGUCCCACCCCAUAACAGCAGCUAAUGCAAAACUACUUAGACAUGAGUACAAUGUCCUAAACAAUUCCAACCUCGUUGUAUGCAACCUAGAAAAUAAUAUGGCACAACUCAUGGCAGCUAACAAAAAACAGUCAGAUCUCAACAAAAUGGACAAAAUAGAUGAAGAAAAAACGAAUACUGAGAAACAUGCGGAAGAAAAGAAACCAAUCAGUGCCAGUGAUGGGAAACAAGAAUUACUAGAUGUUAAGCAAAAAGUUAAGUCUAUAGAUACUGCAUCACAAAGCUUGGAACACCCCAAAAGUUCGACGAAAUGCAGUAGUGAAGUCAGCUCUGGGCUCAGUAAAAGCGUCCCACCUUCUUAUAAACAGAAAAUAUUGCAAUUUUCCCGCGACAAGCUCAGAUUUGGAAGUGGAGGGAAUAAAUUGACACGAAGUAUUAAAAGAUCCUUCCAUUUUAGUAGAAGUUGGGAUAAAAACAAAACUGAUACGCAAAGACGGACCAGUGAACCGACUAUAGAGGUUUCAAGUCUCAUUGAUGAUAAGGAAAAGUGUUCUAAAGAAGAGAAAGAUCAGGAUGUUGAAAAGUCUGAAAUUAUUGAAGAGAUAUCUGAUGAGAAAGAGGUCGCUGAUAAUGAUAGAAUACUUAAAACUGAAGAUAAAAGUGAUGUCAAAGAGCCAUCUUCAAUUGAAUUGGAAGAAUGGGAGGCAUUCCUGAAUUCCAACAUCAGCGAAGUAAUGGAUGGCGACGUAGAAUCUCUCACUCAACUAAACAUGGUUAGCAUGGUGAUAGGCGUAGUAGGUAGUGCGGCACGAGCGAGUGGCGGGGGGCGCGUGUGUGGCGCUGUGGCAGCCCUACUGACACUACCUGCGCUGGCGCAUACAUUGCCCAGGCAUACCCUGCUCAAUAUACAGGAUGUAUACCUUGAAGCUAAAGUUGUUUAUAACUUUGUGGCUGCGAUUAAUUCGCUAAUGAACAGAGUAUUCAACGACGAUGGAGCGCAAGAUAGGUUACAAGGAGUGGGUCGCAUGCUAGAAGUAUGUGCGUGGCUAUGCGUGCGGUCGUGUCGCGGCGUCCGACAGUUCGCCACCGCCCUCACUGCCUACAACGCACACCCCGUCUUUACCAGGCUUCUGAUGCACUAUUCCAAAUCGCCCCGUAUAGUUCUCAACAUCGUGGGUCUUCUUAUAACGGUGCUACAGGAUCUACCAGAACACGCAGACGUCGUCGAGAAGAUACUUUUUGACGAAGAAAAAUUCAAUUUCAUAAGUUUGGUGGAACAACCAAGUGACGCUUUGAGAAUGAGAGUGUGUAUACUAAUUAGUUUGCUGUGCACAUUCUCAUGUACCGCGUUUUCGGUUGCCAUGGAAACGAAAUGGAGUAAGAAAGAGACUGAAUCCAUUGAGGCUUUACACACUCAUUGUAAUGUGGCUCUGAAUAGAGCGGCGCGAUUGGCCACAAAAGAGCUUAGCAAUAUGCCUUUUUAUGUCAGCUAGUGAUAUAGUUUAAUUUUACUGAGCAACAAUAUCGGAUCAAUUUUAACUAAAGAUUGAAGAAAUAUUUAAAAAAAAAAAUGGAUAAUGAUGGGGAAUACUGUAAAGUUUUAUGCAUAUUUUUGUAGCUAUUAUGAUGCAGCUAAAGCAAAUUAUAAAUCAACUAGCUUCUACCAACGCCCGCGUUACCGUGGGAUAAAAAGUAGUCUAUACAAGUAGGCUGUACGUAUUUGUUCCAUAUUUCAUUCAGAUACCUUCUGCCGUUUUUAUGUGAUUGAGUAAGAAACAUAGUUACAGUGUGAUUGUAUGUACAAACACACAAACUAUCGCAUUUAUAAUAUUAAUAAGAUAAAAAAGGAUUUUUUAAAGAACUUACUAACUAACUACUUUGACGUAAUCUCAACACUUAGGUGAGUAAGUUUAUUAUUAUCAUCUUUUUAUUAAUUUUUUGUAGAUAUUUUCUUAAUUACCUAUCUUUUUAUACAAUUGACAAGUUUCUUCAUACUUAUAUAUACUUAUAUAUACUCACUAAUGUUGACCUAGGUGAUUUUUAUACAUAAAAUUUUAGCUAUGUUAGAAAAUGAUUAAAUACUCGUUACAAAAAUGCUUUAAAUAUUGUGUGAAAUUUGAAAAUUCUGAUUAUUAUAUGGCUAUGGAUAAGCCGUAAGUACCUCUAAAUAAUGUUCUAAUACUCAAACGUCACUCAAUUUUAAGUCGCGCUUAAGUAUAGUUCUGUCUCUAUAAAUUCUUUGUAGAAUGACAGAGACGGCACGAUAUUAAGUACAACUUAUUACGAAUAGCCUUUCAGUACGCGUAAAUGAGAUAUUGACUACGCACUUAAUGUAGAAGAAUUUCUAUAUGAAUGGAUACUGAGUUGAGUAUCUGAGGCUCACAUUUUUUACUCAAAAGACAGAACGAAAGAUAAAACAUUUAUUCGAAACUGAUUGUUUGUUUGUUUGCUUGACCGCGCUAAUCUCUGGAACUACUGGUU